AUGAAGUACUUCACUCUCGCUAUGAUUACUACGCUAGUUGCUUUUGCGACUGCGCACCCUGCGACUCAAGGUAGUGGGCAGCCGGUCUUCGCUUGUAGCAGGAUUUGUGCUGGGUCUACGUUAACGUGCCCUAAAGGUCAAUUCGUCCAAAAGACUGGUGACUGCUACACUUGCUGCCAAAAAUCGUAG